AUGGCAUUUACCUUACAUGUAAGAGAAGGUGGACAGCUCGAUAUCGAUGGUCGUGGUGUAGUUUAUAUUACUGUUAUCUCGCCAAAUGGAGACGAAUUUAAAUAUAGAGCUAUUAAUGCAGACCCUGUUGCUGUUGAGCUCCUGGAAAAAAAUGUCAAAGUCUCCGAGAAUGAAGUUAAUACGGUGUCUACGACCGACGAUCCUGUUGUUUAUACUUUUACGAACGCGUCUGAGAGACUUGACUUUCAACAAUGUGGCAGAGCAGGUCGUGAUGGCUUGCCAUCACACUGUAAGCUUUUUUAUAAUUACAGUGAUAAAAACAUUCUGUAUCGACUGUUUGAUGAACAAGUCAUAGCACAAUACAAAGGUGUAAAUGACUUGAUUGUACUUCUUGAAAACCCAGUGCAGUGCCUUCAUCAAGGCAUAAUGAGCUAUUUUGGAGAAAAGCAUGAUAGCUUUAUAUGUCUUACUGGAUGCAGCAAUUGUAAACACCGUGGAACUCAUCAGAUCACUGAUGGUACAUCAGAUGCUUUAAAAGUUUUGCAAGCAGUUGUUGAAUUAAGCAACAUUAACUUAACAUGCAAUGAUUUGAAGCUGUAUUUAGCUGGUAGCAACCAGAAAUGUGUGUCACAUUUGCAAGAAUAUGCCACAUUUGGAAGCUUAGGGAAGAAGUUUGUACCUGUUUCUUUGCUAGCAAAGUUCUUACAUCUGUUAAUUGUUGGUGAUAUCCUAACUGAAAGAAUACACAAGAAAGGUACUGGCAGCAGCAUUUCUGUUGAAAUAACUCUUGGAAGCAAGGCUCAUGACUUGCUUGCUAACAACUUUAUGAUAGAUAAGUAUGAAAAGACAUGA